UAUUAAAUUUAAUUCAAGUUCCUCCUGAAUUAGUCAUCAGGUUGCUUUGUUGAUACCGGCAAAUAAUUUAUUCCAGUACUAAAUUUUAGGGAAGUUCUACUAGUCCAGAUUUGAGAAAGGUUACCGGUACUGACUAGCUUCAUCACCCAUCCACAGUUCCAACUAAAGAAUGUCAUCUUCCUUGUUAUUAGCAUGGCAGAUAUUGGUGAUCACUUGCUUCAGUAGCUAUAGCAUAGCCUUUGCAUCAGAAAAUUCUUCUUCUUUCACUAAUAUCCAUAACAUAAGUUGCCCCUUCUAUCUUAGAGGCCAGCAACAUGAUUGUCAAAAUUUUAGCUAUGAGCUCUUCUUUCACAAUAAUCGUACUUCAUUACAAUUUCCUGCGACAAACUUUCCAUUUAUAGAAGAAUCAGAGCAAAACUUGUUAGUCUAUGUGGAGGCUAUUGAUUAUGAAAAAUCUUCUAUUAGGAUUUCCUAUCCUACUGAAGGAAACUAUUCAUGUUCCUCGGAUAUUUCAGUUUACAUUUUUUCAUACAAAAACUAUUUCAUCAGUUUUGACAGGUACCACCGUAUUUCUCCAAUUCGGGAAUAUAAUACACCAAUAACAUAUGUGGACUGCCCCUCUCCUGUGAAUUCAUCGACUCGAUAUAUACCUGUCCCUCCCUGCUCAUCAUCAUCAUCCAUGUCCUCGUAUGUUAUUAUUGGAAAGAUGGAUUCAUCAGAAGUAGAGAAUGAUUGUAAGGUUCGGUGGGUAAAUUGGGUGUCAACCUCGUGGCCAAAUAUUAAUCAAACAUCUUUCUUGGACACUCAAGAUAGUAGCAUGAUGUUUUAUGGAAUCGAGCUUCCAUUCCAUUACUUCUAUUGUCUGAAUUGUUCUGUUGAUUAUACUCGAGAUACAUAUUGUGGCGGAGUUCAAAGUGAAAUCGGAUAUAUGAAGUGCCCGUCAACGAUCGAUUAUGCCUGCUAUUAUGACGACCAUGUCAACUUUGACUGUGGCCUGACUUUCAACUGGCACGUCUUCUCACGGUGGUUCGGAGAACAUAAUACAUCUAUAUAUAAAAGCACAGGGAGUGUUCUAGGUACACGAUUUUUGUGUGGAAUUGCAUUUUUAUCAGUGUUUCUAGUAAAUAAAUUAAGGAGAAGACAUUUGUCUGUGUACGACACCAUUGAAGACUUCCUUCAGGGUCACAACAAUCUUAUGCCUAUUAGGUACACUUAUUCACAGAUCAAGAAAAUUACUGGUGGAUUUAACGAUAAAUUGGGUGAAGGUGGCUUUGGCACCGUAUAUAAAGGAAAACUUAGAAGCGGCCUUGUUGUGGCUGUUAAGGUAUUAGGCGACUAUAGUGCUAGCGGCCAUGAUUUCAUCAAUGAAGUUGGUACGGUUGGUAGGAUCCAUCAUGUUAACAUUGUGAAACUUAUCGGUUUUUGCUUUGAGGGUGAAAGGCGCGCUCUAAUCUAUGAAUUUAUGCCUAAGGGAUCUCUUGAGAAGUAUAUUUUCCCCGAACAAGGAGGAGAAAGAACAGCCACUUUGAGUUGCCAAAAAAUUUAUGAGAUUUCAUGUAAAGUGGCCUGUGGUAUUGAGUAUUUACAUCGAGGCUGUGACAUCCAAAUCCUACAUUUUGAUAUCAAGCCUCAUAAUAUCCUCCUCGAUGAAAAUUUCAUUCCUAAAAUUUCUGAUUUUGGCCUUGCAAAACUACAUGCUACUGAUGAUAGUAUAGUCACUAUGACCGCUGCAAGGGGAACAUUAGGCUACAUGGCUCCCGAGCUGUUUUACAAAAAUAUUGGAAGUGUUUCAAACAAGGCAGAUGUAUAUAGUUUCGGAAUGUUGUUGAUGGAAAUGGCAGGACAGAGGAGAAAUUUGAAGCCAUUGGUGGACCAAAUCAGCCAAAUUUACUACCCCUCGUGGAUCUAUGAUCAAAUAAGCCAAGGAAAGGAGAUUGAAAUGGAAGAGGCUACUGAUGAUGAAAGAAAGUUGACAAAGAAGAUGAUUAUUGUAGCAAUGUGGUGUAUACAAAUGAAACCAAGCGAGCGUCCAUCAAUGAACAAAGUUAUUGAUAUGCUUGAAGGAGACUACGAGCUUCUGGUGAUGCCUCCUAAGCCUUUAAUAUGUCCAGAAGAGGCGCCGAUUGAGGAUCAGUAAAUCCAUCAAAUGUCUUCAAACUGAUGAUUGUGGAGUGGUGCUGGUUAGGAACUCAACCGACUGUAAAGUGAUUUAUGUGAUUUUUUUUUGUCCCCUGUUUUACUUGAUGAGUUACCAAAAAGAAGAAGAUGAUUGUAUCUGCAAUAUCAGUCUAUUUGCAUGAUAAUGGUAAAGUUGUUCGAAUCAAAAUGUAAUAAAAUGGUAAAU